CUUUCACGAGCAUUCACGAGUGGAUCAACGAUGGAGGACCGCGGUGAUUCGUGUUCACCUUCUCUCCCUCUAAUUUCACCUUCAUUAUUUAACUGUAUUUCAAAAAUUGAAUCAUGCUUGUGACAAGUGUAGAAUCCAACAAUAUUAGGUUUUUUAUAAAAUGCCGGGACCGACCAAGAAGGCUGACAAGAAGCUCACACCCAGGAAAAAGCCAAGUUCCUCGUCUGGAGACGUUACCAUUAAUGAUUUCGCUGAUUCCCCCGGUGUUCAUAAUAGACUGAGGAAAGCUGCUGCAAAAAACGAUACAGGAUCAGAAUCAGAAGUUUUAGAAGAACAAAUGAAGAAGCAUUCACGAUCGAGGAGAAAAAAUAAAGCGGUUGAAAGAUCAGAAGACGAUGCCAGUGGAAUCGAUUAUCCCCUGGACCUGUGGUUUCUGAUAUCAGAGUACAUUGCACCCGAGGCAGUUGGAAAAUUUGCAAGAAUUUGCAAGAGUUCUAAUCACGUCGUUAAAACCGCUAAAUUUUGGUUUCACCUUUACAAAAGAUUUUAUAAGAAAACUGAAAAUUUGCCGGAAAGGUUGACUCCAGCGUGUAUGGUGAGACCUUAUGGAUUGCGUGCUUGUGUAAUUAGAACUUUGCACUUUACUUAUUUUCCGUCGGCCGAUAGACCAGGAAAUCAUUCGUAUUCUGAACAAGGGGAGCCUCACUCGCUUAUUAAGCGACGUUGUUCUCUCAUGUGGCAUAAAAAAGGUAAGACCCGUUGGUAUUUCUAUUUUAAACUCAAGGAGAUAAAUUCCUCCCGUGUCCCGAAAAAAAGGAUCACCUGGGAUGAUGAGCAGAGAUCUGAUCUCACUGAAAUGCUUGAGGACGUCUCCAUGAAUUCAGAGGACGGCUGCCGAAUUCUUCGUGUUGUUUGCCAGAAAUACAGCCUGGUACCUCUGGUGAUUGGACUUAUCCUCCAGACUGUGAAGCUCGACCUAUCCCCCGGCUUAGGUCACCACAGACUCCAACUGAGUUUUGGCACGAAUUUCAUUCCAAAAACACCGACUCAAGUUGUCGUAUUGAGUGCAGUCGUCGAUUGUAAAGUUCUAGAUUGGUGGCAUCCGUGCUAUCCUCAUCAGGACACUGACUCAACAAUUUUACAACCAAUUGCGGAAUCCUGGGACACACCGAAUUUCUUUGAUUCACCACUGCAACUGCACGAACCAUCCUUACCACAGUCUGAUUGAUCAUUUUUUGACAGGCUUCGUGCGAUUAGAAUUCUUUUUUAAGUUAUGGGUUGAAAAAAUUUACCAGAUUUAGCGGAAAAAUGACAGUUGGAUGGACUAUUUUCAGUUUAUUUGUUUCAUUGUUCAAUCAAAUUAUUUGAUUCAAUAUAUAUAAUUUUUCAACCAUUCA